AUGGACUUCAUUAGUAUUGAGGAGCUGGGAAGUGGUGAAAGAGCUGAAAGGGAAGUGUUGGGAUUUGGACACGGAGCUCCUGAUUCUGGAGGCUAGCCUGGUGCCUGGAGGCUGGGAUCCCAGGAGGCCCAGGAGAGGCAGAAAUGGGAGGAAGAAAGUGAGAGAGAUCUUGAAAGAUUUAACAGCUCCAGACUCAAUCUGGAGAACCUGACCGACUUGGAAAACUUGGUUCAAAGACGAAGGAAAGGGACUUGGAAAACUUGCGUCCCCGCCAGGGAACCGGAGCCCCUGGUUAGGGUGAGAGCUGGGGUGGCGGGGGAGCCCGUGGGCCUGGAGAUAUCCCUGAAGGCGGCUGCUGACAACCAGGGGGCCUUGACUGACAAGUACCUGGUAGAUGGCGGCCCCAGUGCCCACAACAAGCUUCACCACGUGGCCUUGCACUGGGCCUGCCUGAAGGGUCACAGCCAGCUUGUGAGCAGGCUGCUGGAGGCAGGUGCCAGCGUGGACGCUCAGGACUUGCUGGACAGGACACCUGUGUUCUGGGCCUGCCGUGGAGGACAUCUGGACAUUCUCCAGCAGCUGCUUAACCACAGGGCCUGAGUCAACGCUCGGGACAAGAUUUGGAGCACCCCUCUACACGUGGCCGUCCGGACGGGGCACAGUGACUGCCUGGAGCACCUCAUUGCACGUGGUGCCCUCUCUGACGCCCAGGAUAAGGAAGGGGACACAGCCCUUCACGAGGCUGUGCGGCGCGGCCACUACAAAGCCAUGAAGAUCCUGCUGCUCUGUGGAGCCAAGCUGGGCGUGCAGAACACGGCAUCAGUCACCCCAUUGCAGCUGGCACGAGACUGGCAGCGGGGCAUCCAGGAGGCGCUGCAGGCACACGUGGGCCAUCCUCGUACACAGUGCUGA